AUGGGUUGGGAGGAGGAGGAGGGAGGGGGCUGUGGCUAUGAAAGGUCUACAGGAGGGGUCCUUCUGUGCAACAGGCUGACGCUGGCGGAACUGCGGGAGGUGCUCCGGCCUCUUGGACAUUUCCGUGUAACUUCCUGUGAACUUAAUUCCUUCAGAAUACAAGUUCACACCAAAAGCACACAAGCAGGGCUUAGAGUGUACACAUUGGACCACUCGCGCGACUCUGCACGGACAGUCCCUGCUCUCCUGGUGGGGACACCUAGAGGCCGCAGCCGGCCCAGCCGGCCCAGCCGGCGGCGGAGGAAAAACCGCGCGGGGGCAGAGCCGAGAGGGGCGCGCAAGGGGGCUUCUUUUGAUUGGGCAACGGAGGUGCCCGUCACACCAGAGGGGCCGGGUUUCCUGGGGGCGGGUCUCGUCACGAGUCGAGCUUGGGACGUGAGGAGGCCGGCGCGGGGGCGGUCAGGGCGGGGCUCGACGCGCCGGGACGACGCCCCGGCCUUGUGGUCACCGCCCACCUUCCCCGGACUCCGCCCCCCGCCCCCUCUGGUUCCUGGGCCUGGCCAGAGUCCCCGUUCCCCGAGUCCCCGGGGGGGCCUACGCCUUCUCCCGGGGAGAGGCCGAGGAGAAGCCUCCACCGAGUCCAGGCCCCUGGAGACCUCGGGGGCUCCGUCGGGCGCCCCUCCCGCCGCUCCCGGCAGGAUUCCCCGCACUGUCCUGAGGGCGUCUGGCGCUCGAGAUGGCCAGGGACAGUGUAUUGGGGGUCCCCAGGGGCCUGCGCCCCUGAGUGUGAUUCGGCCGGUUCUCUGUGAAGCACGGAUCCUCCCCGCUCCACACACGCGUGGUAUCCAGGGAGAGGUGUGGCCUGCUGGGAAGGAGUCCUGCCCAAGCACGCCUGUUCUCCAGGACAACCUGUGGUUGCAGCCAUCGGCCAUCAGUGCCUGCCUGCCUGCCUCUCACCUGGGAGGUCAAGCCCUCUCCAGCCGCCGCCUUUCCUGCCAAACGUUCCUCACCAAGAGGGUCUCCCAGCUCCUGGGUGAUGCUGCCCAGACCUGCUCAACGCCCAGCGCCACCACCCACCGUUUUGGCCAGUCUUUGCGGUGGCGGGUCUUUGUUCGGCUCCAGGAUGGCCCGCCUUCUAGUUGGAGCCUCAGAGCAAAUGCAGUGCCAGUCACCAGCCACGAUGUGUGCCCGGAACCAGCAGCUCUGGGACCCCAACACCCGAGCACGUUCUGGCUGUGGGAUCAGAUGGGGGGGUAGCCUUUGGCUUGCAUUUUCCGCGGCCCCCUCCUGCACCCCCUUUCCCUUUGCGUCGUUGGGCUUUCCUUGUUGACUGGUUCAAGCUCUCUAUGCGUUAACGAUAUGAGCCCUGA